AAAUUGCUAAUUACUUCCCAAUCCAAUCAUCAAAUGGCCGAGGAAGAGAACACAGAAGGGGCGAUCCGGCCCCAAUUUCCAACUGGAAGGGUCAAGAGAAUCGUGAAACUGGACAAAGACAUCAACAAAAUCAACUCAGACGCUUUAUUACUGGUUUCCCGAUCCACCGAGCUAUUUCUACAAUUCCUCUCAGAGAAGUCGGCAGAAGUUGCAAUCGAGAAGAAGCGAAAGAUCGUGAAACUAGAUCACAUCCGAGUUGCCGUUAAGAGGCAUCAGCCAACUGGUGAUUUUCUGCUUGACUCGCUUCCCGUGCCAACUCAGUUAUCCGAUAAACCACCAGCUGAGAAGACUCGUCACGAUAAACCUCUCCCUCCUGGCACUCGCCGGAUUGACUAUUUCUUCGCUAAGUCGGCAAAUGAAGCUCCGGUUCAGAUAAAUGAAAGCUAGAUGCUUUUAUUUCUAUCUUCACAUUAUUUUGCUUAGUUGAAAGUUGAAACAGAAUAUAUUUUUAGCUUUAUAAUAUAAAGAAUCUUUUUUUUUUA